UUUUCUCGCCCAUUAAUACCUCAGUUGUUUUGUUCACCUUCCCUCUUUUGCUUAAUCUCUCUCUCUCUCUCUCUCAGAUCAAGAUAAUCUCAACGGAAGUAGAAUAAACCAAGCCAAGAAAUGGAGCGUAAAGGGUCCGGUGCUGGUACGGGCGGAGGAGAUCAGAUGAUGAUGAUGACGACGAAGCGAAGCCCGUCGGAGUUGGAUUUCGAAGAGUUCAUAAAGAAAAGCUUGCGUCCCGAAGAUAUCGACAACAAAGCCGCCGAUUUUCGGUCCGACUCCAUUCCCGUUGGCGACAGUUUUAGCUUCGCUUUCAAAAACAUGGAUAUAAUGAAGGGAGUGUCAAUUAGCAGUAUUGGAGUAAGUACAGAUCAAUCAAUUUUCUACUCUCAAAAUGGGACACCCAAAAAUCCCAGCAUCUCAGCAACCAUGGAUUCUCAGUCAUCAAUUUGUGUUGGGAGUCCAAUAUCAGCCAGCAAUAACCCAAGAGGAAGAGAUGAGCAAGCAAUAGGAGCAACAAGUGGUUCCUCGCAUGAACAAUCAGACGAUGAUAUUGACAUAGAAGCUGGUCCAUGUGAACAGAGCACAGACGGCAUUAAUCAUGACGUUAAACGUAUUAGGAGGAUGGUUUCCAAUCGGGAGUCUGCUCGGCGGUCAAGGAGAAGAAAACAAGCUCAUUUGGCAGAUCUUGAAAUUCAGGUUGAGCAAUUGAGAGGAGAAAAUUCAUCUUUGUACAAACAGCUCACUGACGCUUCUCAUCAAUGCCGGGAAGCUGAUACAGAUAACAGAGUCCUAAAAUCUGAUUUGGAAGCAAUGAGAGCAAGGGUGAAGUUAGCAGAAACAUCAAGCUUAAACCAACUGAUUCAAAGCCAUCUAAACACCACAACAUCCGCUGCUUCGAUAUUAGCACAUUUCAAUACUACUACUAACAGUAGUAGUAGUACUACUACUACUACUUCUAAUAAUAAUAAUCCUCCAAAUGUGUCGCCAACAAUCACCGUCCACGGAAAUAGUAACCACCAUCACUGUCACCAUCGCCACGGCAACGCUGCAGCUUCUUUCCCAGUUGCUGGAUUAAUUGUGGGACUUAGAAACACCAACAACAUCAAUCAUAAUAACAGUAUUCCACCUCCAAUCCAGUCCCAGAUCAAUAAUAUUGCACCUAAUUCCGGAAUGAUGAGUAGUGACUCUGUCAGCUGUGUCUCUGAUAUUUGGCCUUAAUUAUUACAAAUAAUAGUCAUUUAUUAUAUUUAUAUAUAUAUAUAUGUUGCUACCUACUUACGUACGUUUCAGUAUAAUUAUAUAUGUUGGUCUAGCUAUUAUAUAUAGGUUCUUACGACAUGUUCUCUCUCGAGAUCGUACCGUAUAUACAUAUAUAUAUGUGAUAUUAUUUCUAUGUAUUCGUCUCUUUAAGAGAUUCUAGAUAGUAGUGCUGUUUUAAUUAUUUUCUACUGUAUCUUUUCCUUCGUCCACUUUGUACGUGAAAUACAGUAUUUGUCCUUGCUUAAUUUUUAGACCUUUCCUAGUUGUAGUAAUGAUAUAACAAAAUUUUCAAUUAAGGUUAACGUACGAACUCGGUUCAUAUUAUUUGUCUAUUCAAUUUUUGGU